AUGGGGCCCAAGAAGAACAAGGGCAAAGAUAAGGGGAAGAAGAACAACAAGAAGGGUUCUUCAAAGACCCCCAAUGCCCCGGCCGAGCCUGCAUCCCCGUCCUUAGAUCCACAGCAGCAGCAGGGCUCCAUGGAUCCGGAACCUCUCACACCCCUCCCCGAUUCGGCAGAGGCUGCGCCAGAAGUCGCGGAAAUCAGCACUGGUCAGGAUGCCCCUCUGUCACCAAAAGACCCUGAGCCAGUCGAAUCACAUCCUCCCGCCGUGGAGGAUGAAACGGCCCAGGCUGAGGUCGCCGAACCAGUGGCCUCCUCCCCCAAAAUAGAAGCCUCGCCGGACCCGCUGGUGACGACACACGAACCCCCCGAACAACAUAUAAGUGAUGAUCUGGAGAACAAAGAUCCGCUCGAGGACACUGCUGCGAAAGCUAUCCUCGAAGAUCCACCGAACGACCCUCCGGUUGAGGAGCCACAGCUAGACCCGGCCCCUGGGGAUGAGCCACAAGUCACAACGCCUGUUGAGGAGCCACAGAUCACGACCCCAGUUGAAGAGCAACAACUCACGACCCCAGUCGAAGAGCAACAACAAGAUCCGACCACUUUCGAAGAACCCCAGCACGAGGCGGUUACAGUUGAAGAGCCUCAGCAGGACACCCCCACUGUCGAAGAGUUCCACGAGACGGUUACUGCUGAAGAGCCUCAGCAGGACACGCCCGCUGUCGAGGAGCUACAACAAGAGACA